AUGAUGGCGAGCUUCACAGAGAAAGGACGAGAGCUAAUUUCAGAGGAGAAAGGUGGCGGUUAUUCUGCUACUGAAGCUCCUGAUGAGAAACAAAAUCUUGGUGUUGUCAUUGACAACACCGAUCAGUUGAAACGACACCUAGGUAACCGUCAGAUCCAAUUGAUUGCCAUUGGUGGCUCCAUUGGAACAGCGACCUUCGUGAGUAUCACGUCCGGUCUGACCAAGGGUGGCCCGGGCAGCUUGUUCCUGGCAUACACCAUCUACUCCUGCAUGAUGGGCCUGGUCAACAAUUGUAUGGCAGAAAUGACUGUCUUCAUGCCCGUCAGUGGUGCUUUCAUUCGAAUGGCAGGCCACUGGGUUGACGAAGCUUUCGGAUUCUGGGCUGGAUGGAACUUUUUCAUCUACGAGGCCCUCCUCAUUCCAUUCGAGAUCUCGGCACUGAACCUGGUCUUGACAUUCUGGCGGGAUGACAUUCCCGUCGAGGCAGUAGUAGCUGCCUGUAUCGUCAUCUAUUUUGUUCUCAACGCUUUCACGGUUAAGUGGUAUGGUGAAGCAGAGUUUUGGCUUGCAUCUGGAAAGGUGCUGCUCAUUCUCAUCGUCUUCAUGUUCACAUUCAUUACCAUGGUCGGUGGUAAUCCCAAGCACGAUGCUUAUGGUUUCCGCUAUUGGAAUAACCCCGGUUCGUUUGCCGAAUAUCUCUCAACGGGUCCCUUGGGUCGCUUUGAAGGCUUCCUAGGAGCUGUAUGGAGUGCCUCGUUUACCAUCGUUGGCCCCGAGUACAUGUCAAUGGUAGCAGGAGAGACCAAGCUGCCUCGACGUUACCUCAAAACAGCCUUCAAGACAACCUAUGCUCGAUUCGCCUUCUUCUUCAUCGGCAGUGCCCUGUGUGUGGGUAUUGUCAUCCCAUACAACGACAAAACACUGUUGGAUAUCCUCAGCGGCUCUUCGGGUGGCUCGGGAACAGCUUCUGCGUCUCCAUAUGUCAUCGCCAUGAACAACCUCGGUAUUAGUGUACUACCUCACGUCACGAAUGCUCUACUGGUGACGAGUAUCUUCUCUGCGGGUAACGCCUACACAUACUACGGCACUCGCAGUCUUUAUGGCCUGUCUCUACAGGGCCAGGCACCCAAAGUCCUCCGACGCUGUACGAAAGCCGGUGUCCCCAUCUAUUGUCUCUGCGUUGUCAUUGUCUUCCCCUUCCUCGCCUUCUUGAAUGUUUCCAGUGGAUCUGCCCAGGUUCUCACUUGGCUCACAAACAUCAUCACCGCCGCCCAGGUCAUCGACUACAUCAUUAUCUGCGUGACCUACCUCUUCUUUUACCGUGCCCUCCAUGCUCAGAACAUGGACCGACGCACUCUUCCAUACUACGGCUACUUCCAGCCAUACUCCGCCUGGAUUGGCCUGAUUUGGAUGACUUGUGUCGUAUGCUGCUACGGCUAUUCCACCUUCCUUCCUGGAAAGUUCACCGUGGGCGGUUUCUUCACUUAUUAUACCAUGGUCCUCGCCGCCCCAGUCCUGUUCUUUGGAUGGAAGAUAUUCAAGCGCACCAAGUUCAUCAAGGCGACUGAAGCCGAUCUGAUCUGGGACCGACCGGUCAUUGAUGCGUAUGAGGCGACUUUCACUGAGUACUCGCCAGGUUUCUGGACGGAGAUUCUGCAGAUGUUUGGAUUCCGAAGGAAGAAGCAGAUAACUCAGGAGAUCUAA